AUGACCAACGUCUUCGGCGUCCAAGUCUUCUUCAUCGUGUUUCGAGAAUGUCUCGAGGCGGUAAUUAUCAUCUCGGUGCUGCUGUCCUUCCUGAAGCAGUGCUUGGGUCAACCCUCCCAGGACCCGGCCAUCUAUAAACGCCUCAAACGACAAGUAUGGGCGGGAUCUUUACUAGGCAUCCUCAUAGCAUUGAUCAUUGGGGGUGCCUUUAUCGGCGUCUUCUACGGCUUGGGCCAUGAUAUCUGGGCCGAGUCCGAGGAUCUGUGGGAAGGCAUCUUCUACCUCAUCGCCAGCAUCAUUAUCACCAUCAUGGGCCUGGCUAUCCUGCGCAUCAACAAGACAAAGGAGAAGUGGAGGGUCAAGAUUGCACAAGCCCUCGUGGCAAAGACCAAACACCAGGAUGCGGCCUCCCGACUGGGCGAAUGGGGUCGGCGAUAUGCCAUGUUCAUUCUCCCUCUGAUCACUACUCUCCGUGAAGGUCUCGAAGCGGUCGUCUUCGUGGGCGGCGUCUCCCUCGGACUGCCAGCAACUGCCUUCCCCAUCCCAGUCAUUACCGGCAUCCUCGCGGGCCUUCUCGUCGGCUACCUCAUCUACCGCGGCGGCAACUACAUGACCAUCCAGUACUUCCUGAUCGCCUCGACCUGCGUGCUCUACCUCAUCGCCGCCGGCAUGUUCUCCAAGUCCGUCUGGAGUCUGCAAUUCCACAAGUUCGCGCAGCAAGUUGGUAGUGAUGUUGCCGAAGCAGGAGACGGCCCGGGAUCAUACAACAUUGACCAGACCGUCUGGCAUGUGAACUGCUGCAACCCGGAGAUUGAUAACGGCUGGGAUGUCUUCAAUGCCAUCCUCGGCUGGCAAAACACGGCCACCUAUGGCUCCGUCAUCUCCUACAAUGUCUACUGGAUCUUCAUUAUGGUGUCCAUUUCCUUCAUGCUGUACGAGGAACGCACGGGCGCUCUUCCCCUCGAAAAGUCCUUCUUCCGGUUCCUCUCCAAGAUUCCCGGUUUCAAAAGCCUUGCGAGACGCCAUCUCGGCAAACUCAAUGCACCAAAAGGUGAUGCGAGUCAUGUCAUUGCUCAGGUGCAGAGCCACACAUUCACGCAGGGCCUCCAGAGACCUUUGAGCGCGAAGUAA